CUAUCGUUAUCUUUGAGAUAAAUUUUCAAAAGAGGCAUUAUUGAUCGUGAGAUGGGACACAAAUUGGGACGAAAUCAAAAGAUUAAGUUAACACUGAAACCGCGGCAUAAAAAUCCGAUCUUUGCAAAACCAGAGUACGCAGAAGGACAGGCGGGCAGCAAGCAAAUGUCCCCAGUAACUCCCCAUGGUCCAUAGCCCUUACGCAGGAUCACAUAACAAGCAGCGCCUAGCGGUAACGAUAGUGGCUCGGCACGCUACCCCACAGCCAAAUAUUUAACACAUCACUGAAAGCUGGAACUCAACUGGAUUUUGUGUACCGUUUACGGUGUUUACCUGGGACAGUUUUGGUUUGGAUCUUUGAAGUUUUCAGUUUUCCGCAUCAGCAACCAUUUCCCGCUUAUUACUCGAUAUCGUAAAUUUUGCACAGUUCUGUAUUUUCGGUUCUUUGUGAUACUAUUCGAUUAGGAUAAUUAGGCUUUGAGUUUCUGACAAAAGUCCGAAAACUGAAACUUUUCACGUUUCUAGCUUAGCACUCCGAUUGGUGAUUAUUUAAGGCGAAUUCAAUUUGGUAAAAACACUGGAAUUUGUUAAUUUGAUGCCUAUCUUGCAAUGGCUUGAUCAGUUUUAAAACUAAAUAAAAAUUAUCGUGAAAAGCUCAAUUGUAACAAUGCGAAAGUGCCUGGAAGUGGACUUCUGAAGCUGUUGACUAUGUGAAAAGAUGCGCUCAGAUGCUUUUGCUGUUUGGUGGAUGAAACCGACACGCACCUAAUGGCUCAAGUACCGCAGCCGCCUGGCCGGGGGGGUGGGAGCAAUAACAGUCACAAAAUGCGAAUUCGAGCAUUUCCGCAGCACAAUGUGGAUGAAAAGUAUCUGAACGAUAUUUGGGCGCUACUAAAGAGUGCCAUCCAGGAAAUUCAAAGGAAAAAUAACAGUGGGCUUAGUUUUGAAGAAUUAUACCGAAAUGCGUACACAAUGGUGCUGCAUAAACAUGGGGCGCGAUUGUAUGAAGGGCUGCGCGAAGUCGUUACACAGCACCUCGGCACUCAGAUUCGCGAGAAUGUGCUGAAAUCUUUAAACGACAACUUUCUGACUACGUUGAAUCAGAACUGGGGCGACCACACGACCAGUAUGGUGAUGAUCAGAGACAUUCUCAUGUACAUGGAUCGUGUUUACGUCAACCAAAACAAUCAGGAUAAUGUGUACAAUUUGGGCCUGAUUUUAUUCCGUGAUCACGUCCUGCAUUAUGGAGAGGUUCGUGAGAAGCUGCGCGAUACCUUGUUGGAUAAUAUCGCACGGGAACGGCGUGGCGAGACAAUUGAUCGGUCCAGUAUCAAAAAUGCCUGUCAGAUGCUUAUGCAACUGGGUAUUGGUACGCGGGAGGUUUACGAGGAUGAUUUUGAGCGCCCCUUCUUGCAGCAGUCCGGUGAAUUUUUCAGAAUGGAAGCUCAAAAUUAUUUGAGGCAGAACGCAGCUUCGGAAUACGUACAGAAAGUUGAGCAGAGGCUGCACGAAGAAACAGAACGAGCCAAACACUACCUCGAUAACUCCAGCGAAGCGCAUAUCGUUCGGGUGGUAGAGGACGAGCUGAUUGUUAAGCAUCUGAAUACAGUGGUUUUAAUGGAAACAGGCGGUGUGGUUUUCUGCAUCCAGAACCAAAAAUACGAAGACAUGGCAAGGAUGUACAAGCUGUUUAAUCGAGUUACUGAGGGAAUGAAAACGAUGCUACAGUACAUUGGCAACCAUUUGGGAGACCAGGGAAAAGACCUCGUCACAGAGGAAGAGGCGACUCCCAAAAAUCCUGUAAAUUUUGUUACGUCAUUAUUAACGCUGAAGGAUGAUUAUGACAAAUUCCUUGAAAAGUCAUUUGACAAUGAUCGUCGAUUCAAAACAAUGAUCUCCACUGCGUUUGAGCGGUUUUUGAAUUUGAAUCCCCGAUCUCCAGAAUAUUUAUCCCUCUUUAUCGACGACAAAUUGAAAAAGGGAAAUAAAGAUGUUACGGAACAAGAGCUCGAAAACGUUUUGGACAGAGCCAUGGUUUUAUUCCGCUUCCUCCAAGAAAAGGACGUUUUUGAGCGCUACUAUAAGCAGCAUCUGGCCAAGCGCUUGUUGUUUAAUCGUUCGACGUCAGAUGAUUCAGAGAAGAUGAUGAUCGGAAAACUAAAGCAGGAAUGCGGGUAUCAGUUUACGUCCAAAUUGGAAGGAAUGUUUAAAGAUAUUACUUUGUCCAAAAAUAUUAACGAUGAAUUCAAGGAUUAUUUGGGCGGAACGAAGAAAUUGCCAGUUGAUUUGAAUAUGUCUGUGCUUACAACGGGAUUUUGGCCAAUGCAAAUUUGUCAAGUCGAUGUCGUUCUACCGGCGGCGGCGCAGGCUUCUUUUACAGAGUUUAAAAGUUUCUAUCUUAACAAACACAAUGGACGUCAGUUGACCCUGCAGCCAAAUUUGGGUAUGGCUGAUUUGAAUGCAACGUUUUAUGGGCCACCAAUUGCCGACGACUCGCAACCGUCCACCAGCAGCAGUGUGGUGCCGGCCAGCAGUAGAGGCGGAAUACGAAAACACAUUCUCCAAGUUUCCACUUAUCAGAUGUGUGUUUUGAUGCUCUUCAACGAACAGCGGGAAUGGAGAUGCAGUGAGAUGCUCGCGGUAACCAGAAUCCCUGAUCGUGAGCUAAAGCGCACGCUGCAGAGCCUUUGUAUGGGAAAACAACGGCUGCUUUUGAGACAGGACAACGGAGCGGGCGAAAUUGGUGACCAUACGAGCUUCCUUGUGAAUGAUUCUUUUACUUCACGGAUGGUUCGUGUUAGAAUCCAAGCAGGAACCGGUAAAAACGAGCAGGAGCAGGAUCGCGUUGAGACCCGCGCUAAAGUGGAUGAAGACCGGAAGCACGAAAUUGAGGCAGCUAUUGUGCGGAUAAUGAAGGCUCGUAAAAAGUUGCCCCAUGCCAACCUGGUAGCCGAAGUGAUAGACCAACUGCGUCUGCGUUUUGCUCCCAGCCCGACAACCAUUAAGAAACGGAUUGAGGGCUUAAUCGAUCGGGAAUAUUUGUGCAGGACGCCGGAAAACCGGUCAGUGUACCAAUACGUUGCGUAAAGAUUGGCGAUUGUCUGCGCUCUUGCUGCAACGAGAUGAAUGAUGUUUCUUUCUGCAUCUUAAAUGAGUUUUUGUAUUAACGGGUCACAUAGUAUAAUUCAACAGUGUAUGGCGGAAAUCUUGAGUCUAUUUCGUUUGCACGGUUGGUGCGUCAGUUGCUGCGCAUGCGGUCUGUCGUUUAGAGGAUUUUAGUGGUUCUGAUGGACCGAUGCUGAUAUCAAGCCAUGUGAAAAAUUUGUGCUUAUUGUAGUUUACAAUUUUCUGUACUAGUAAAGCCUUGUUUUUUCCCAUGUUGGUCUUACUGUAUACUGUGGAUAAUUUUCGUUAGACUAAUGGUUGCGAUAUGUUAGUGUAGGACAGAUCUUUGCCAGAACACCAAUCUAUCUG